CAAUUUGGCGCCUUAUCCAAUUGUGUAACUAACGACAUACCGAACUCCAAACCCCAAACUGCCUCACUAUUCACUCACUCAUUUCACCUUAGUUUUCUCAUUGACCAAGUUCAGGCUUCGGUCUCCUCCGCCCAUGGCUGCAACCCACAUUUUCGAAUCCUCACUUUCCAUCUCCACAUCCUCCUUUCACCCUUCUCCCCUCAAACCCUCUCCUCUGUUUUCACUCAUAACCCAAACCCACUCUCCCUUUCUUAACCCUUCAACUCCAAGAAUUCAAAUCCAUGGAAACCCAUCACUUUCGAUAUCAAGAAGAGUGGUUCUUCCUUCGGUUUCAGGCAUCUGGGACGCCAUAACUGGCGGCAAUAACAACAACAACCCUCGCGAAGCAGUUUUUGCAAUUCGACGAGGAAUGCUUCUCUUUAGGCAGGGUGAUGUUCUUGGGUCUAUAGCAGAAUUCGAUAAGGCCAUUGAAUUGGACCCUCGUCAAAAGGCAUAUCUUUGGCAAAGAGGGCUAUCACUUUACUAUCUUGAUAGGUUUGAAGAAGGGGCAGAGCAGUUUCGAAUAGAUGUUGCCCAGAACCCGAAUGAUACAGAGGAGUCCAUUUGGUGUUUUCUAUGUGAAGCUCAGUUGUAUGGAGUUGAUGGGGCGAGACAAAGAUUUCUUGAGGUUGGAAGAGAUCCAAGACCCGUCAUGCGUGACACCUAUAACAUGUUUAAAGAUGGUGGAGAUCCAGAAAAGCUUGUUGCUACAUUUGCAAACGGCCGAGAGAAUGAAUAUUUCUAUGCUUCUUUGUAUGCCGGGCUGUAUUACGAAUCUCAGAACAAAGCUGAGGAAGCCAAACGUCAUAUACUAGCUGCAUGUCAGUCUCCGUACGGACAAAGGUCUGAUGAUUACAUGGCUUCUCUGGCCAAAGUUCACUCUCUUUGUCGAAAUUGGGCAUCCGCUUGAAUGAUCUGAUGUUUCGGGCACUUUGUAUUGCUCAUCUUAUGAGGACAUGUUCACAGUCUUAACUCAAUCUCGAGCUUGGAUGAUGCUUCAUUGUUCGAUACUAAAAAUUUCAGUAUUGAUUAGUGGAGUGGAAGGAAUAUCCAAACCUACUGUUGUCUGAUUCUGUGGUUGGAGCUAUUGAUUUUGGUUUGAAUACCUACUUGCAUUUAUUAAUAUGCCAAUUGUUCUAAACUAGUUGUUUAAUGUCUGUACUUGUAGUUGUACCAAAUUUAAGGUGGUGUUUGGACGUAAUGAAAUACAAUGGAAUGGAAAGGAAACUAUUUUUAUUCUAUUCCUUUGUUUGGUUGCAUAUAAAAGUAUUGGAAUGACAUCCCAAUGAAAUGACAUUUCCACUAUUUUGGUGGAAUGACUAUUC